UUGCUCGACGACCACUUAAAAGUGAGCUUAAUCAAUAAUAAAUCCAGUGGCUUUUUUCGGGGAAAAUGUUCAGUUGGUUUUGUAUCAGUGGCGCGAAAACAAGUUAUAAGAAUUAGCGAACGCUACUCAAGUUAAUACGAUUGGAAUAUUUUUUGGGAAGCAGGAUAAUGGAAACUGAGGGUUCAAGCAAAAUGGAAACUGAGGAUUCAAGCAAAAUGGAAACUGAGGAUACAAGUAAUUAAUUCUUUGUUUUGCCGUUAACUUGUUCCAAUUUAAUGAACAAACCAAAUUAAAAAAACUACCAGUUGGACCCGAAAUUGAUCCUUCUCAAAUAUGAAGUGUAUUCAAAUUGAUCAAACAUAGCCCCAGCUGGAGCAAUUCCAUAAACAAUAGAAUAGAAUACAUUUUUCGCAAUCAAGCCGAUUUUUUUUAUUCACUGUCGGUUUCAAUUUCGGUUUCACUUUCCUGCAUUUCUUGCAAUAUAUCGUCAAUAACGGGUGUGAUCCCAUCGAACAGCUGCCGUCGAGAUGAAAGUAUGCAAAUGUGGCCUCAGAUUGCCUAUGAAGCUAUGAAGCAGCGUCUCAAAUCUAUCUGGCCGCAUGUCUCCAAGAUUGAAUAUGCUGUUGACGAAAUUUACUGUCAUCUCUUAAUUCCUCUCUAAUGUUGCCUCAAUUAUUUGUUCUGGAUUCAUUUUUAGUUUCACUUUUCAGAUUUUGUUUGACUCAUCGAUUCAAUUUUUCUUCUCUAUUUGUUUUUUUGUUGAGUGAAUUUUUUUUCAAUGCAUUGUUGAUUGAUCACAUAAUAAAAUCCCAAUAUUAUCAAAACAUUUGAAUUAAAUUUUAUUCGAAAAUAAUCAAAUUGUUCUUAUUUUGAUUUUGUGUAUGUGACAAUUUUUUCAGUUCAACAUGCUUUGUUUUUGCUCAUUUACAUAAAUAGAUAUGUAUAUUUCAUUCAAUUAUAGGUGGAGAAAAUUCAUUUUCCAUGUAAAUGUCGGGAAAUUUCUUAUCCCCUCGCGCAUGCGUGAUAUUUAUGGUUUUUUCUUCCCUCUUGUCCCUGCGGAGCAUUUUACAUGAAAAUGAACCCCCCUCUGUUACCUAUGGUUGGACGAAAUGUACAUAUCUAUACUACUAAUUUUAGACAGAAAAAUCCAACAGAUGAACUGAUUGUCGUCAGACUUGUUGCCGUUAGGCAGCACGACAUGUAGCCUUGUUCUUACCACACACACAUACAAUUUUUUGGAAACAACGAAUUUGACAAAAAAUUGGCGUACAAAUUCCAUUCUUGGUGUUCAUAAAUAAAGCAAUUUGAAAAAAUUAAGCGAGGCGAAAAGCGCUCUCUCUCGCGCGUGCGUCCAUCUAUUUGCGGUCAUUUAGCACGAAAUCAAUUGGCCACGAAGUAUCACGUGAAGAGGAUACGAGCAUUUCAUUGUUCACUCAACCAUAUUUACAAUUACGUCCACUCAUAACGUAUGCAAUGAAUUUUAUUCCAUCCAAUAAGCAACAACUAGGAACAAAAUCUUUCUCACUAUCUCGAACAGAAAAAACAGAAAUGUAUAGGUAUAAAAAGAUGAGCAAAUCGAGUCGAGUCAUGAAUAUAGAAUCAACAGUGCACAAAAACGCGUAAAAACUCAUUGUGAUUUAAGUGAUUCGGUUCGCCGCCAUUGAAACUGGAAAGUGCCCUCACUACACUUGUCUCUGUGUAUGUGUGUGUGUGCCUGAUCUCGUGCUUUCCUGUGAUCUAUUUAAAUUGCGGAUACAUUUAUAUACACGAAUCAGCUGAAUAAAAAUCCAACACACAACGAAUAACACGGGAAUGUGCGCGGGCAAUUUGGCCAUUGUUCGCUGAUAAAAACCUCCUUUUAUUUGAUUUAUUUAUAUGAAAAAGCCACCGAGAGUUUACAAUGGAUGCUAUUUAAUCGGAUUUACCGGUUGAUACACCAGCAAUUAUAAUUGUACGGUGUUGAACAGAUCAAUUGUAUGACCCUGAGCUUGAAUAAAUGGAAGAGAAAAAAAAUAUCAUUGAGAUGGCAACACACAAAUUGUUGACGAUGUAUUAUUCGAUAAUUUAUGUUGAUGUCUCACAAUAAUGGCCACCGUCGCUAUUUUGUGCGAGCAUUCAUUAAUAAUUAGCCCAUCAAAAAUGAGAUGGUUCGAAAAAGAAGAUGAUGAAAAACAACAUCCACUCGAAAACACUUGUUGAUAAUAUAGUUUCUGAACAAUAUUGCGCAUUAUUCAAACCAAACACAAAAAAUAAUAUCGACAUGAAUUAGCGAUCGUUAAUGAAAGUUCAUAUUCACUCUGAAUAAUAUGCCUUUUGUAUUGAAAUUUUGUUUUCAUUUGUUUUUUUAUUGUUGUCUCCAGUUUUUUUUUUCUUGAUUGAAAACUACCAAAUUAACAAGAAUUAAUCAUCAGGUUUUUAUUAUUGCCAACGUGGCUAACAUUUUGAGUCAACCAAUCCGGCCAGUACUUCCAAUACUGCGAAUUGUCCAAGUAAAAUGUGCGCACGUAGCAUGACUCAUGUCAAUUUUACACAUAUUCUUCUAACAAAAAAAAAUGAAUCGAAAUCAUGCCAAAAACAACAACGAAAAAAAAAAUACGGUGUAAAUUGAGGAACAAUGUGUCAAUUGAAUGCAAUACUUCAUCGACCUCAUAAUCGGAACUAUUCGUGAAUCGUUUAUUUGCUAUACGGCGCCAAUUAGAAAUGUAAUUAUUCAAACGGAACAAUGCUAUUAAUACAUUUUGUAACAUUCAGUUAUUAAUUCAAACCGUUUUUUUCUUCGCUUACUUCUAAAUGUUGACUAAUUUCAGAAAUCUAUUUCGAUUGUCGUGCAUUAAUCAUUCUUCGCGAAAAAAAAAAUAAACAAAACAAAACACUAUGAUAUAAGGAUAAUAGCGAGAAACGUAUAAAGAACAAUGCAAAACAGCUUUUUUUUGUAUUUAAAUAUGAAAUUUCACAUCAAAUGGGUAGAAUCGCGCGAGCGCGCGAAUAUUUCAAUUAAAUCGUGAAUAUUUAACCAAGGUUUGCGGAACAUGUGUUUGCAACUUGCCGCUAAUUUAAUAAUAAUGACGAGAGAUUCGAGCGUAGCUAGCUGUAUGCAAUGGAGAGCGUCUGUAUAUAGUAAAAUUCAUUUCUCACUUGUGUACGGUAUUUGCUAGAAUGAGAUGUGAAAUACACGGAGAAACCGAAUAAAUUGGAAUUUUUAUCAUGCAAAUCGAAAACAAGCUCGCGCAUUUUGGCGAGCACCGGAAAUUUCUCGCUCGAUGCAUCAUUGAGAGAUUCAAUCCAAAUUGAUGUUCAGGUUUUGAUAAACAGCACUAAAAACAAUAACUGGUAUACAUUUUAACAGGUUCUGACCUGAUAUUAUUUUUAUGUACUUCUAAAAUAACAAUACAGAAAAAUGAAAAGAGGAAUCAUUGCAGUUGUUAUUUCGCUUCCGAAUUGGCGAAACAGUCAAAAUUGACACUGAACAAAAUCUGGUAGCCAAAAUAAAUACUAAAUAGAAAUUCAAGUCAAUAGUAUGCUAGAAAAAACUGUAUCUUUUACGCACGAAUGCGAUAGAAAAAAAAGCGUACGAAGACCAAAACGAAUAUCAGUGCUAAUGAGAUUCAAUGGCUUCAACGAAAUAGCCGGCGUCAGAUUUAUUUGUUUACCUAAUAUUUACUGUUUUUUCAAUAGAUUGCUGUGUUCUAGGAAUAUGUGACAAACAUUUUAGAACGUUUCCAUUCGGAAUUAUUGGACAUAUUAAAAUAGCGAAAUGUGUGAAUUUAACAGCAAUAACAUUCUGAUUAGCACCACAACGAGGAAAAAAUCGCGUCUCGAAUUGCGGUUUUUAUUGUUCAAUGGAGGAACUCUCGUAUGAAUCAGAGUAUUCGAUUGUUCACAACCCACCUAUUGCAACGACGCUAUUAAAAUUUAUUUCUAUUUAUCCACAAAUUAUUGAAAUAUUUUAAAUUAUUACGUCUUUCACCGCCGAUCCAGACACAUUCCAUUGAUUGUUUCUUUUUUCUUCGUUGAAUAGUCACUUCAGUUUGUCACUUUGCAUUUCAAUUGAGUUUACGUCUAAGAUUAUCCUGUUAAACAGGUAACGCGUCACUUGUCAUAUUACAUUGCAAUUUAAAAGAAAUAUAUUUCCAUUUAGUGAAACAUCAAUCAAACAAAAUUGAUAUUGAUUCAAAUUGAAGUGGAUAGAUUGGCUGCUAGCAAAUAAAUGGGAUAAACUAGCGCCAACUGAAUACAGAAGCGAUUUCUUGUGGAAUUUUUAACGAGAAUUAUGUUGAAAAAUUUCCAUACAAAAAUAUCUGAUAAUGUGCGUAAUCUGAUGUUGGACAGAGUUGUUAUGAUCAUUUUUUCGGAAAAGUACAUUCCAUCAAACAAACCAAACGUAAACAUGUUUCGUGUAAUUUUAUCGCUAUGCUGAUAAAUGUGUUGCUUGGAUCGUGUGGUGACAACAUGUCUGUCUGCUUUAUGCAUUGUCAUUUGAUUGGUUAAGAAUUUUUUUUUUCACAGUCAUUUUGAACAAAUUUGAAUAAUGCAUUUGUUGCACCUGGCAAACCAUAGCAACACUUAUAAUUUAUGCAACACAUAGAUUAAUAAAUCAAACGCCAAUCAUGUGCAAAGUAUAAACAAAUCACGACUAUUUUAAUAUGUAUUAAGAAUAUGCCCGAAUGCAUAAUCUCAAAUGAAUAUCACCUUCUUUUCCUAGAAUAAAUAGCAUAUAUGCGACAAGACAUGCAUUGGGGCGGCUUCGUUUUGUAAUAAUAAUUCUCGUUUGAAAGUUGAAAGGCAAAAUAAUCAGCACAAUCAUGGAAACGUGAAUGCGUGGAAUGACGUAAAAAGAAUAACAUUGUAUUGUGACAACAACACACGAAAAGAUUGACAACAACAACAACAAUAAAAAAAGAAAUACCUUUGAUUCUAAUUAUCACUUUUGCGAAUGGCAUCUAUUUUUAUGCUGUCAAUCGACGUUGGGUUUUUCCCGUUCGUACUCGCUAGUGAGAAAUAUAAACAUAUUUCGCUCACAUGCAUAUUUUUAAAAUCAUAUGUAAACAUGAAAUAGGUUGGACGGAUGGAAAGGUGAGAUCGUUUAGUUGGAUGUGCGUGCGAACGUUAGUGCGUUUGUCUAUGUUUGUUUGUUUGUGUGUUGUUUGUGGCGCGUUGUUUUGAAUGUCGACCGAAACAAUAUCUCGCAUGGCAUUAACUUGUUGCGAAUACUAGUUACGUUCCAAUUAUUACGUUCACUUGAUCCGCACAAAUGAACGCAUAGAAUCAGUUUUGUGUCUUUCUUUCUUUCUUCAAUCGUUAUAUUGUUCAUUUGUGCUUGCUAUUGACUCUCUGCCUCGACACACUGCGAUGCGUUCAACUCGUGACAAACGUGAAACAUAUCAAAUGGAACAGGUAAAUAGAUGCAAAGUCAUUGGAAGUGCGGCAGCAAACGAGUUUCAGUCGAUUUCUUUAUGUAAAGCAACCACUUUGUCAAAUACACAAGGAACACAACAAACAAAGAUCAACUUAGUAAAUCAGCGAUCAUGAAAUGCGAGAGAGAAACAAAAGCACACACGGUGUAACGUACACGUACUAAACCUUCACAAAAUCUAAGUUCGUUUGCUUCACGCAUCCAUCGACACAAUGCUCUCUCUCUCUCUCUCUCUCUUUCCCUCUCUUCCUAUUUCUGCUUCUGUUUCUAUCCCGUUCGCUUGUCGCAUCGGAAAAACGCACAUAACAACAGUAAAUAUGAAUGUGAAUAAAGCAUGAAUUUUUAUAUCAAGUGAUAAAUAUCUCCGAAUAGCGUGAAUGUCCAGAAUUGCUAACAUAUCACAAAAAGCCCCGAAACGAAAUGACAAGCACAAAAUAAACCAACAAAUAUAAAGUACCGAGAGUGAAACCAAACAUAAAACCGUGAAAAAUUUCCAUAAAAAUUGUGUUUUUUUUCUUCAUUCAUCGUCAGUAGCGUUUUAUUGUUGGAUGUUUGUUUAUCAAGUGGUUAUUGGUGCCAACUAAAUGACGGUCCAUAUGCUCACUGGCUGACUCGCACAAUGACACACAGCCGUCGACGUCAACGCACAAAUGAAUCUCAAAUGGAGGAUUGAAUUCGGUCAUAUUGGAGAAAAAAAAAAUGUUUUUCUUUACAUAAGCACUUGAUUUUUAUUGUAUUGCACUUGAUUAUGCAAAUUGAAAAGCCGCCGCAACGACAUGUACAGAUAACUCGGUUAACUCUUUUAUUGUUGGAGAUAGAUCAUGGUUAAGCAGUGUUUCGUUAGUCAAACGUUUUGUUGCCAAUAACUAAAUCAAGCACAGCUCAAGUUCAAUAUUUUGCAUACAUACGAACCCUCGCUCUUUUUCUUUCUUUCUUCUUUCAAUCGGUUGGUGUUUACUCUUUCGAUGCACUUGUUUCUCAUGCGGCUUUCUUUUCGUUCUAUUGCAAACGAACACCAACAAACAUUGUCGUAUUUAACGCUUUUCGGAUAAAUCAAUCGACAUGCUGCGUUCUGUGCGCUGCGAUCGACAUACACACAGAUGGAGAGUGUGAGAGAACGACAUCUCACAUAGACACACGAUCGUACAUCGACUAGAGAAAUAUUCAUAAUAAUCUUUUUCUCAGUUCAUCAAUCGUAUUCGAUGUGAUUUGUUGCGUUGUGCUAUGGCAAGCGCACAACUGACAACACGUACACAUUCACAAUUCCAAAACAAUCGGCAAUCUGCGAACGUUGCGAACGCAUUCGGAGUUGCGAACGAUGAGCGAACAUAACACGCACACAAGCGCACACAUCGUACGACAACAACAACCGAAACAACGAAAAACCAAUUACGAAUAUCUCUCACAAACGGUGCAAAAGCUUCAUUGUGCAUAGCCGCUCUUUCACCGACGCACCCAUACCAUCGUACCGAUUUUUUUUCGACGGUAACGUCAUACGUACAACACAACAACGACGACGACGACGAGUGAUCAAAAUUUCCGAAAACGAUCACUUUUAAUUUUUAUAUUUGUCAGUUUAUGUCUACAAAUGGUCAGUUCUUAAAUCGGGCUAGUGACUGAACGAACGUAGUAUAAAACACCUCACAACGAGCCGAAGCUCUGUUCCGAACAAAACACCACAUAUACAACACAUUCAUUCGUUCGCGAGUGUCGUUUUUGUUUUUUUUUAUUUAUCAUUUUAAAAUUUUAUCGUUGAUGUUCCGUUUCGUUCGAUUUUUUUUCUUCAAUUUUCGAUGCAAAAAAACGAGAUAAAGAGAAUGAAAUAAGAAAUAUUUAAUUAAAUUUUACAUGCGUUCACCUAAAUAAUUUAAUUGAUUUAGUCAAAUAAUUUUUUUAUCCAAUCGAUUUGAACGGUAUUUUGUUAAGCUAAUAAAUUUUGUUGUUGUUUGUGCUUGGUGUGUUGAAUUCAUUUUAUUGUACACAAACUGUUAUUCAUUGAGACCAUUUUUCUGUUGUUGUGUUUCAAAUUCAAUGUUCCCGAUUCACUGUACCAUUGAGCUACAAUUCGCUGACUGGAAUAUCAAAAAAAAAAACUAUACACUUAUUUGGAGAAACGUUAACUUUAUCGGUUUUUUUUUUUUUUGGUUUCGCGUUCGAUUAUGUUGAUUGUGUUCCAAACGUAAAUUUCACCUGUUUCAUGCGUGUGUGUGUGUUCACAAUGUGAUUGCCUCUUUUUUUGUUGGUGUUCCGAAAUUUAUGCAUAUUGAAUUUAUAUAAAUGGAAAAACUGAUUGUAUCGCUAAAUUGACUGAAAAUUUACAACAAAUAAAAUUGGAGUGAUACACAAAAGUUAGGUUGUAAAAAGAAGUGAACAUCGGUAAAAUUGAAUCGGUGAAUAUACGUUAUUUUGUUGCUUGAUAACGGUAAACAAGCAAUUCCAUUGCAUCAUUGCAACCGCAACGAAAACUACGACGACAACAACAACGGAAAAGAACAGAGAAGCAAAUUCUUUGUAUGGUUGCUCUUUGGCCGCCGCUGAUCGCUGACAACAACUCAUAUUAUGGAUAAUAACGUUGGCGUUACGCUUGAACUUGAAAAUGUUGCAAAACGAGGCCAGAAAAAUCAUGCAUUCGUGGGUGAUGAAACGGACUCUGAAUCGGUAAAGUUACGUAUACGUGAGCCGAAUAAUGAGAAACCACCGCCGAAACCGAUCCAACUCAAAAUACACAAAAACUGGAAAGAGCUGGUGUGUCGGCGCAUUUAUAUUUUAUCGUGGAUUGGAAAUUAUGAUCAAAUCACCGCCGUCUCCGAUUUGAUUGCGGGUGUCACUCUCGGUUUGACGAUGAUACCCCAAGCGAUUGCAUAUGCCGCACUCGCACAACUACCCAGUCACUAUGGUCUAUAUGCAGCGUUCAUAGGGGCAUUUAUUUAUGUCUUCUUCGGUACAAUAAAAGAAGUUUCAAUCGGGCCGACAAGUCUCAUGGCACUUUUAACGUUGCAAUAUACAGUUGACAAGCCGCCAGAAUUCGCAAUUAUUUUGGCAUUUUUAGCCGGCUGUGUGGAACUCGCUAUGGGUGUGUUAAAAUUAGGUUUUAUUGUUGAUUUCAUAUCAGUUCCUGUUACCAGUGCAUUUACAUCGGCCACAUCGCUAAUUAUAAUUGGUGCACAGUUGAAAAAUCUACUUGGAAUCGAGUAUUCGUCAAAAGGUUUUGCUGACUCCGUUAUUAUGCUGAUUGAACGAUUGGAAGAUAGCGUUUUUUGGGAUGCAGUUUUGGCAGUCGGAUGUUGCAUCUUUUUGCUUGCACUUCGUCAAAUCAAAGAGAUCAAAGUAAAUGAUGACACACGACGCGGGCAAAUCAUCAAAAAGAGCCUUUGGUACAUCAGUAUCUCGAGAAAUGCGCUCAUUGUAUUGAUAACAUCAGCGAUCGGUUACAAUUGGACAGCUAGUCACAUGCCGCCAUUCAAAUUGUCAGGCAAAGUUGAGCCGGGAAUGCCCGAGAUUUCGUUGCCGCCAUUCCAAGUCACCUACCACAAUAGCACAUUGUCAUUUACACAAGUGUGUGCUGAGCUCGGAUCCGGUAUCAUUGUAGUGCCUUUGGUUGCGGUUCUAGCAAACGUUGCUAUUGCGAAAGCAUUCACAACUGGAUUAGCUGUCGAUGCAUCGCAAGAGAUGAUUACAUUGGGCUUGUGUAAUAUCAUCGGUUCAUGUUUCAAAUCAAUGCCGACCUGCGGUGCAUUCACCCGAUCAGCUGUCUCACAUACCAGCGGUGUCAAGACUCCAAUGGCUGGUCUUUAUUCAAGUAUUAUGACUGUUUUAUCGUUAAGUUUACUUACACCAUACUUCUACUUCAUUCCAAAAGCAACAUUGGCCUCAGUUCUUGUGAUAGCUGUUAUGUUUAUGAUAGACUUUAAGUUGCCCGUUCAAUUGUGGCGAAAAAAUCGACGUGAUUUCAUUGCUUGGCUUGCCUGUUUGAUUGCCUGUUUGAGUACGGGUGUUGAGAUUGGUUUGUUGUGCGGUGUCGUUUUGAAUAUAUUGCACUUGCUGUUCAUGUGGGCUCGACCUGAAACCGUCGUUAAAAUUGACGAAUUGGAUAACAUGCAAUACAUUCGCAUUGUGCCAAAUGUUGGAAUGUUCUUCCCGGGCAUCGAUCAUUUGCGAGAAACCGUUAACAAAGCUGCUUCAGCUGCUGAAUAUAAAGUACCAGCCGUUGUCGAUUGUACGAAAUUCAAUGGAUUGGAUUACACAUCGGCCCAGGGCAUCAUUGGUCUUGCCGACGAUUUGCACCGGAAGAAGCAGGUGUUAAUUUUGCAAAAUUUGGAUAUGAAUCUUCAUCACUUCAUUUCAUCGAAUCAUGUGUUGUUCUGUAAUCGUGAAGAAACUCUGCGCGAGUUGCUCACCCAAGAGGGCAUCCGAAAUGGAUCAAUCAAUUUGAUGCAGCACAUUCGAGCUUCCAUCGAUUUGGGCUACAAAGUGGAUCCAUUGAUUUCCACACAUGUGAAUAAUGAGAAAAGACUCCACGAUUGACUUGUACUUUAAACUGGAAUGGAAUGAAUUUGAGACUAGAUUUGAGAACACAAUCACACGCACCAGCAGUAAAACAAAUUCAUUGGCUUUUUCAUUUUAAUACCGUUAUAUUUAAUGUGUGUUUUUUUUUAUAUUUUAACUGGAUAAUUUUUUUUUUAAAUUAUCGAAAGUGAGAGAAGAGAGAAAGAAAAAAGUUGAGAUAAAAAUUGUUAAGCCAGUUUUAAGGUAAUUUAAUUCUAUUCGCGUUUAGAAGACAUUUUUGAAUAAGAGAAUGCUGAGAGUAUUUUUUUUAGUGCUUUUAGAAAAGUAUUUUGUAAAUGAUAAAUCCAAUUGUGCCGAAAAAUAAGGUUUGUAGGAUAAGCUUGAGCGCGUACAAUCUGUGAAUGUAAAAUUGAAAUGAAUAUUAACGAAAAACCUAAAAAUACAACAAGCAAUUAGUUAAAA